AUCAAAAUUGAUUCAAACUAUUUUUUUGCAUUAUUUAGUUAGAUUCACAUAAAAUUCUAUCUAAAAUUUAUUAUAAUAGUUUGGAAUGCCUGCGUCCUGCUGUGUUCCUGAUUGUGACCUGAAAUACGCGCACGCGGAAGAUGUUUCUUAUCACAAAUUUCCCCUGAAGAAACCCGAACUACUAGAGAAAUGGGUCCAGUUUACAGGUCGAGGUCCCGACUGGAUCCCCACCCGGUGGAGUGCCAUAUGCAGCCGCCACUUUAAGCCGACCGAUUUCAAGGAUUGUGUGUACAGGAAAAAUCUAUUCAGUACUGCAGUUCCUUCCCUUCGGAUAAGACACCAAACUCCGAUUGCGACCUACAUCGAUCCACCGAAGACCGAUGAAGCGAAGGAAUGCGUCAAAAGUGCAAUCGUACAAUCUGUGGUCCAGCAGGUUGACGCUCCGCAGCUUUCCGAUUCGUUGGACCAUGUGGACACGGAUCAUGAAGAUCUCUAUUCUGGGGAAGAUCCCAAUCUGCUGGACAUUACGUGCAGAUUGUGCGGAAUCGUGUUCAGCAAAUGGUGCCAGGGUUUGUUGGUGGACUGCCGGGAACAUUUCGCGGUCAUUAUGAAAUGCCUCCCGUUUGUGAAUUUGGAGAUCAGCUACUUUCCCUCUAAAAUUUGCGGUCACUGCUUGAGGAUGAUCAACGGAUUCUCGCUGUUCUAUGACAAUGUGCUGAAAGCUCAAAGUGAUCUUGAACUAAAGUACAGUGGGCGGAACAAUCAUGAGCAGGAAAUGUUCCAAGCUCCGGAAGAGCCACCAAGGCUGAAGAUCAAGCAGGAACCGCUGUUGAACAUUAAAGAGGAAGCUGUAGACCCAAGUUCCAGGGCGAAGGAGGUACCCGAAAACACGUUGAUUAUCAAGAAUCCCAACAUUACGAAUGACAAAAACAAAAUUCUCUUAUUCAAUAAUCAAAACUACGACGGUCAGCAAUCGAAGCAGUUUCGCGAAUCAAAAAACUGCGAAAUCCUAGAAAUCGUCAAUUUGUAUCCUCCAAUCGUAGACAUUACAAGUGCCACCAUCAGGGAAGUUCAGCCGUACGAGAUAACCCUGCCCUCAGUAUCUAACACGGGAUUCCAGCAGCAGUUGGCUCCGCAGCUCGUCAACCUGAAAACAGAGGACACUGCAGAAUCGUACGAAGACUAUGAAGACUAUUCCGGCUACUAUCACGACUUCCAGUGUGGAUUGUUCGCUUUGGAUGAGCACAGCUAUUCCAAACUUCCCAUCCAAGCUGAUGACAACAAGGACGAAAUCUUCCCACAACUCCCGGAACCAGUAGAGCCCAUCAACUUGGGUGAUUCCGCUACGGUUAGGGUAAUACACGUGGAACUUCCAUCCACACAACCGGAACCUUCCAGACAUUCGUGCCAGUUAUGUCACCGGAAAUUUGAGUCCCACUUGAAGCUUAUCAAGCAUCGUACUUUCACUUGCAACGUUCGACCAGUCGUCCAUUUCCGAUGCAUUUACUGCUCACGUAGGUUCCCAACCCGGAUGCAACAACAAGUUCAUCUAAGCUUCUGCCGCAAACGGAUCCAACGACGAAAACAGCUGCAAUUGAAGGCAACCUUGGCUAAAGAAUCGAGAAAGUCCCGCAAAACCGAACCAUCCAAGAACAAGCCGCGUAAAAACGACAAAACCAAUCGCUACGAUUGCACCAUGUGCGAACGGACCUACACCAGAUCGUCCAACUUGAAGCGACAUAUGGCCAGCCACCGACCGGUGGAACAGUGGAACCACAAGUGCGGCAUUUGCCAGCGGAUCUUCGACAAGCUGUUCGAUUUGAAGAAACACUUCCAGCUGGCGAAGUGUAGCAAAGUGGAGAAUACGGAUGGUGAGGAAGCGAGUUCUGUGGACCCCCUUGCCGCAGAGAUGAUGGGUGAAUCGACGCGGUUGUUGUAUGUAUGCUCCACGUGCAACAAGCAGUUCAAAUCGUACAACAGUUUGAAGGUGCACGAGAGUAUUCACACUGGUCUCAAAAGCUUCGUCUGUGAUACGUGUGGCAAACGGUUCGGAGGUCAGAUAAAUCUCAUCCAACAUCGACUGACUCACGUGGAUACGAGGCAGUACGCCUGCAAGCUUUGUCCGAAGGUUUUCAAACGAAGCGGAGGUCUCGGCCAGCACGUUAAGUCGUUCCACAUGAAAAUUAAGCCGUACCAGUGCCCUGUUUGCCGAAGAGACUUUGCCUUGAAGGCGGACAUGACCCGGUGUCGGCAUUCGAAAUUGAAAGAUUACGGUUAAAAAAUGUAACGUGUUUAAAAACAAAUGCAUGACUAUAUAUUGAAUAAAAAAAAGGGUAUAAAAGUAACAAUUGUUUAAGAGAGUUUAAUUUUCAUAAAUUUUAAAGUUACCAAACCAUGAUAAUUAGCGGAAACCACAACCAGCGGCGUCAUGGUCGCGAUUCUUUCCGCAGUCAAGUUCGCAGAUUGUGAACAAUCCUCGGUACCCACUUUACGUAAUUUAUGUUUAGUCCCUUACUGUCAGAGCUGUCAGAUCGGUGUAGCACGCAAAAUUUAAUUUACACAAAAGGCUAUUUACACGGUAA